GGCAGCAGCCUCAGUUGACUUGAGAGUGAUUAAAAAUGAAGCGCUAUAGAAACCAGCAGGCCAAUAGAGGCUGCUGAAGCUGUUUACAAGGAGGGGGUGUACCGUUUCUAUGGUUGCUGGACAAACCUCCUGCUCCAGGUAUUAAACUGCCUCCCAGACGGAUCCUGCAGCCCGCUGAGUCCCGGUACAAAGACCUCCACAGAGGAGCAGAAGAAGAAGCACCGGACACAGGAAUUCCUCUCUUUAGUUGACAACAGGUGCAUUAAACACAGGCUGAGGCUCAAAACGAGCUGCUCAUCUGGGAUUUAAAAAGGUCUCCACUCAACAUCAGCACACAGAAGGCGGUGGCAGGAGGAGGAGGAGGAGGAGAAGGAGCUGGGUGACAGAGAGGAGAGCCAUGCUGUCUCUGAGCUGUGCCGACCCGUGGCCUGAAGGCUCCGUGGGGCUGGAGGAGGAGGUGGUGACCGCGGCGGCCCAGGCGGAGGAGCGGGACAGCGUCCACAACAACAACAGCAGCAGCAGCUGCUCCUCAAUCAACCUGGACGACAGCCUGACCAGCCUGCAGUGGCUGCAGGAGUUCUCCAUCCUCGGUGCCAAUAACGUGCCGCAGCAGGCCCACCAGCAGCCGCACCUGUUCGGCCACCACCACCAGCAGCAGGGCUCCGACGCCCCAUCCUCUCCUCUGGCCGGGGACCCCGCCUCCAUCGGCAUGCCCCUGACCCCUGGGAAGCCCACGGCGGCGGCCUACAGCAGGAUGCAGGCCCUCCCCGGCAUCGUGGCUCACGGUCACUGCCCGGAUGAGGUGGACUACAAGACCAACGCGAACAUCAAGCCGCCCUACUCGUACGCCACGCUCAUCUGCAUGGCCAUGCAGGCCAGCAAGAAGACCAAGAUCACUCUGUCUUGCAUCUACAAAUGGAUUACAGACAACUUCUGCUACUACCGACAUGCUGACCCCACUUGGCAGAACUCCAUCCGACACAACCUGUCGCUCAACAAGUGCUUCAUCAAGGUGCCGCGGCAGAAGGACGAGCCAGGGAAGGGUGGUUUCUGGAAGAUUGACCCGCAGUACGCUGAGCGUCUUCUGAGCGGCGCCUAUAAGAAGAGGCGGAUGCCACCGGUCCAGAUCAACCCGGCCCUGCAGAACAGGCUCAGGGUCAACCUCCAGCCCCAGUCCAGAGGCCCCUGCAGCCCCACAGGAGGUCAGAGUGGCCUCUGCAUCAACCCAGAGUCCCAGCAGCUCCUUCGGGAGUUCGAAGAGGCAACCGGCGCCGACCAGAACUGGGACCCUCAUCUGGCUGAAGGGACCAUGCUGGGGUCCUGGCCAGUGGUGAGGGGGAGAGGUGGGCACAAGAGGAAACUGGGCUCCAGAAAUGGCGGCGCCAAAGCCCCCCGGCGCUCCAGCUCCCCACUGCUCUCCGUGGACGAACAGAAGGAGAUCGGACCUCUGAAGGGGGACUUUGACUGGGACGCCCUGCUGGACUCGGCCCUCAGCGGGGAGCUUAGUUUGGAGGGAGGAGAAGCUCUGAGCCCCAUCAUGAAAGAGGAGGACCUGACAGUGCGGGGGACCCACAUCUCUCCUGUCGAAGCCCCCGCGGGGACAGCGGACAUCCACGUUUUGGCGGAGACCCAAAGGAAUAAUGACGUGUCAGACUUUGAUGAGGAGACCUUCCUCGCCACCGCCUUCCUGGAGAGUCCCUGGCCAGAGGAGGAGGAACAAGGCCGCAGUGAUUUCCUCUGUAGCUCCUCCGUCAACCUGGACCAGCUGUUUGACCUCGGAGACUCAUUAGGUGGAGACCCGAGCACCCGGAUUGACACCCUCCUUUGAGGAAUAGUUGGUCCUCUUUCACACUGAAGACUCACUAGAGAAAAACACACUUUUUACACUCAAGCAACCUUUAUUGUCUUUUUCAAAAUGUUUAAAGUAUUUUUAGAAGUACAUUUUGAUGCUGAUUCAUGCAGGAAGUACAUUCCCAACGCCCACUGAACAAAGAUGCCACAAUGUACAGCAGCAGUUCUCGUCAUCAUGGGGAAAACAAACUAUAAAACUAUGAAAUGACUUGAGACAAACACAUACUAGUUUUCAGAAUUAUGGCCUUGUCACAGUCAAAUUACUCCGUCUUCAUGAAGUAUGUGAUUAUAGAAGCUCGGUGACGUAGUGUCGUAGUGACAGUGACGUAGUGACGGUCAGUUAGCAACAUGGAUGUAUUAAGAGAGCUGGAUGCAACGCUGCCAUGUUUGUCCCAGUGGCCAACUGUGGUACUACAACUAACAACCCCUGCAACCCAAAAAGCAUCUUUGGACCACCAUUAUAAAAGAGACAGGACAGCCUGUAUGGAGGACAGAACCUGCCAAAAUGAAAAAUAAAUAAAUAAAUUAAGAGAUGACUCGAUAACUGAAUAAAUAUGCCAUUAAAUGUAGCAAAAAAUAUA